GCACCAGCCACAUCUGGUGUGAGGGGAUCCACACAUAACAAGUGCAGGACGGCCAAACGGCCCUAAUUUCAGGUCCAGUAGGCAAAAUGGCAACGAACCAUGUCUUCUUCGAGCCGCCCAAGUCGCUUCUGUCCAUUCUGGAGGAGGACAAGGACCUGAGCGUGCCCGCGCUCACCAAGCUGGGAUGCACGCUGGGUCCCCAGUCCCGUACUGUGGAGGUGCUGGAGGACCUGCUGCGCGCGGGCAUGACCGUGGCGCGCUUCGACUUCAGCUGGGGCUCCAUGGAGUACCACCAGGAGACCCUGGAUAACCUGCGCAUCGCUAUGCGCAACACCAAGCGCCUGUGCUGCACCAUGCUCGACACUAUGGGCCCGGAGAUCAUCGUGCUAAACCGCCCCGAGGCGCCCAUCAGCCUGACCGCGGGCCAGACGCUGACGCUGACCUGCAACAAGUCGGUGGCGGCCUCGGAGACGGUGCUGCCCAUCUCCUACCCCAGCCUGGCGGGCACAGGCCUGGCGCCCGGCAGCCAGGUGUUCGUGGGGCAGUACCUGUUCACCGGGAGCGAGACCUCCUCAGUCUACCUGACCGUGCAGGAGGUCAAGGGCGACGAGGCGGUGUGCACCUGCAACAACACCUGCAUCCUGGAGGGCCUGGCACUCACGGUGCACAUCGCGCACAUGCGCAACGAGGCACCCAUCCUGGCCGACAGCGACAUGUCGGCCAUCCGGCAGUGGGGCGCCGCCAACAAGAUCGACUACGUGUGUCUGUCCUUCACGCGCAACGCCGCGGACAUCGGCGUCGUGCGCGCCGUGCUGGACAGCUGCGGCCUGGAGCAGACCCGCGUGAUGGCCAAGAUUGAGAACCUGGAGGGGCUGGUGCACGCUGGCGACAUCGUGGAGGCGGCGGACUCGGUGCUGCUGUCGCGCGGCAACCUGGGCAUCUGCCUGGACGCCGAGAAGAUGUUCCUGGCCCAGAAGAAGCUGCUGCGCGCCUGCAACCUGGCCGGCAAGCCCGUGAUGGUCACCCGCGUGGUGGACACCAUGACGGACGCGCCUCGCCCCACCCGCGCCGAGGCCACGGACGUGGCCAACCUGGUGCUGGACGGCGCCGACGGCAUCCUGCUGGGCUCGGAGACCUUCCGCGGCAAGUACGCGGUCUCCACCGUCAAGACCGUGUGCGCCAUCUGCAAGCAGGCCGAGCUCUGCUUCGACAACCAGUCCUACUACCGCUCGCUCAUGGAGUACUUUGGCUGCUACACGCUGCACCCCAACCUGGGCAAGCGCGAGGCGCUGGCAUCGAGUGCGGUGCGCGCUGCGGCCAAGAUCAACGCGGCGCUGAUCAUCGUGUUCACCGUGACGGGCCAGACGGCGCGGUUGGUGGCCAAGUACAAGCCCGCCUGCCCCAUCCUCACGGUGGUGACGAGCGCUCACGAGGCCAAGGCGCACAACAACGACCGCUACUCGCUCAGCGGCUCGGGCGUCAACCUGGUCGCGGCCGGCGAGGGCGGGGAGGAGGCUUCCAACCCGGUAAAGCGCCGCAAGGUGGUGUGCCCCGACAUCAAGUCCGACGGGCUCAAGUGGACGCUGCUGGGCGAGGUGCAGGCGCGGCAGUGCAUGCUGUACCGCGGCGUGCUGCCCAUCAUGGCGGACCCCGACUUCAGCCUGCCGGGCGGUGCCAUCCUGGAUUACGCCAUCGCCUACGCCAAGCAGGUGGGCAUGGUGCGCUCCGGCGACAAGGUGGUUGUGAGCCAGUGCCCGCGCACCGGCUACAGCGACGUGAUGGAGGAGGCGGGCGUGGUCAAGCUCAUCACCGUGGACGACCACGUCAUCCCGGGCAGCGCCAUGACCUUCAACCACCCCCUGUUCGUCAUCGGCUCCAUGGAGACCCUCAACAAGCAGAACGACUAAAGCAGCUGCGUCAGUGCUGUAGCAAUGGCGGAAACGGCUGUAGCAGCAGCAGCACAGGCUAAUAGAAUGGCGUUGCGGCGUAGCUGGCGUUGCGGCGCCAAUGUAGCAGCAGUGGCAGCUGUGUGUGUGGAGGCGCAGGAAUUGAGGCGACCGUUCAGAGCCCUGACAAAAGUUUGCUUUUGAGCGGCUUAACAUUAUGGGGGUGGGAGGAGGCCAGUACUUGUGUUUGCGCGGGAGGCUCGCACGCCAGACGGCACGUGAUGCCGACAGGGGGAAAGCGGCAUCGACGUACAGUGCGUGUGUGUCUGUUUGUGUGAGAAGCUGUGUGAGAAGCUGUGUAUAAGGUGGCGGCGACGGUUCGUUCGCACAUCCAGUAUGGGGGCAAUGCGUUGUGUUGGGGUGGGGGAUGUGACAGAAACCACUUGCUACUCCUAAGGCCCCGUGACGUCUGUGGGCUCGCUAGCCCAGCACCGUAUGUCGGGGCGGCGCGGGCGCGGUGGGGCCCGCAUGCACAGGCGGCGGCGUUUGCGACGCAGGCGCUCACGGUUGGAUGAUGGCGUUGGCGUCGGUGGUCCGGGUGGGUUUCCCGCCCAUUAUGUACGGUACUAUCAAUUUUGGACGCGGUGAGGGCUUGGCAAGCGCGGACCAGAUGGGCCGAUGGGGCCGGAGAGAUGAAGAAUGACAUACGCAUGUGUUCAUAAGGGGCUGAAGGGCGCAGGACUCGGCGCAGGCAAUUUCUCGGCUGCUGCUCGGCACUGCUUGAUACGAGAGAGACACACUAGCACUCGGGCGUACUCGGAUGCAGGGGGGGCACAUGGCCGCUUGCACAGCAGGUUCCAGUUGCCUUUCCUCGCAUGUAAGGAAUUGGAUCC